AUGGACCCCGAGACUCAAGACUUUCGAACCUCGAGAUUGGGAAGUCGACUCCCGGCGCCGAGGGCCAUCCCUAGGCCGGCCGGCUCUGCUGUCGCUGGGUUGAGCGAACUCAGCGACUCCCAGCAUAACGCGAGAUCACAGAUUGCGAUGCCGCCGCCCUUAAACAAGCCACUUAAACGGGAUCUCCCUCAGCCUGGGGAUGUCGUUGGUGGGAGUUUCUUCAGGAGUGAGUCAGAUCGUUCUUUCUGUUUCUUGGUUUCUUCUUCGCUUCUUCGAUUGUUCGAGACUCUGGGGGUAAGGGAUUCAACCGGCAUUGUUCAAUUCAACAUCAAAUGCCUGUUGGCACAACCAUCGGGCUCCAUCAUCAUCAUUCCUAUCAGCAACAGCUUAGCAAGAUUCGAUUUUAUGAUCUAUCCAAAGCCGAUCAUGAAAGAUGUUGCCCAUUGUCUGGGGCAGCGCUGGCCAAGUCCGAAGCAAGCCGACAGUCUCAUCGAUCGAUACCCUACUAUUCUUUCGACGGCUGAAUCAAGCGACUUCUUCGAUCGCGUCCGGCCGUCUGAGUUCCCUCCUCAAUUACGCACAAGUACCACCGACAGCCUCGCCCUCCUCCCGAGCGCGAGCGUCCGUCGAAGCGUCGAGAACCCUUUCCAGAGCUGGAGACUAUUGAAGGACCUGUUUCUCAAGCAGCCCAGUCGAUAUGGCUCGACUCGCCAAGCUCCCCCUCAUAACCGCCAGAACUCUAUGACGAACUUCGCCGCGAGCGUCGGUCCCGAUAGUCGAGCCCCCUACGCGCGCCCAAAGACGUCUCACUCGAACCACCACCGCUCCGUCAGCUCCAAAUCGAAAGGCUACGAUGCUAGGCCGCAGACCUCUUACGGUCAUCGCGCAGAGGAGGACAGCGGGCCAUCUGAGAAUUCGUUCAGUGGCUUAACGCUCGAUCCUCCUAAGAAGGAUCCCGCCACACUUCACGAAAGGGUGGAUGAUCAAGUGAAUCCCAACCCACCGAGAGGGACCAGGUCUCCCACACCUCUCGCUCCUCCGCUUCUCCACAUGCCAAACGUCACCAUCAAGCGUGCUGGGAAGUCUCCUCCCAAAACGCCGAAAGCGCCUCGUCGCGAGACCUCUAGCAGAGUUGGUCUUUGCGAAACCUUCUGCACACCAUCCAAGGGAGGACCUGCCUCCCUGUUGGAUGCAUCCGAGGCCUUCCAUGACAUGCUCAAGUCCGAGGUGAAGCGGACGCUGUCGCCCAUGAAAUCGCCAUCCCCGUUUUUGACAAAGUAUUCUAACUUGAAAAACUUUUCAGCCUGGGAUGUGGACGGGCGUCUGGGUAAUAUCGAACAGCAGUUCGACCAGUUGAAGUCGAUCAUAGGAGAUGCCGCGUCGGAUCGGGAAGCGUUGGGUAACGCUGUUGAAAUGUACAAGUCUAGAGUAUCGGAACUACAGAACGAACGAGACGAUCUAUUACGCAGGGUGGGCGAGGUCACUUCCGACACGAAUCGCUACCGAGAUGAAGUAAUAGACUUGAGGCGGAAGAUAGAUGAAGCGGAAUGGAGACACAAGAACGAGGUCGAGGCGCUGCAGCGAGCAAACGAACAUGCGCGAGACGACUUCCAGCGAUCUAUCGAUACCGAGGUAGACCGACUAAAAAAGGCUCACCAAGAGGAGUUAGAGGCGUUGAAGAGACACUACAACGCCGAGCUCGAGGAUGAGAGACGCGAAAAGUCGAAGCAGAUGGAUGAGAUACGGCGGCAGAUGGGUAACCAGCAGCAGGACAUGCACGGGGACCUCCAAAGGAAGAAUGGUGAGAUUUCCGAUCUGCGGAGCCAAGUAGAAAGCCUCAAGGGAGACUUGGACCGCGAGGCGACAUUGAAGAGUACGCUGCAGACGAGUCUUGCGGAAAUGUCGGCAGCCAACGUCACAAUGGAGGCCAAGAUGAACUCGCUCAGGUCACAGAUCGAGUUCCUCGAAUCCGAUAGCAAGGCCCAGUCCGACUCGUUUGCCGACAUGGAGGCACGACUCCAGGAGGCGCACCGCAUCGCCGACGAAGCGAAGCAGAAGCUCAUCAAGGAGGAAACGGAGCGACGCGUUCUCUUCAACAAGUAUCAGGAGCUCAAGGGAAAUAUCCGCGUCAUGUGCAGAGUCCGGCCCGUGCUCGACCCUAACGAGGGCAGCGAGGCCAAGAUCCUCUUCCCCGACGAAAAGACGUCCGCCAAGAUUGGCGUGCUCGGACCGGAGGAGAGGAGUAGCCUCGGAAACGUCACGCGUAAAGAGUACCCCUUCGAGUUCGAUCGAGUCUUUGACCCCUCCAUUAGGAACGAAGAGGUGUUUGGCGAGAUCUCGCAGCUGGUUCAGAGCGCUCUAGACGGCUACAACGUGUGCAUAUUUUGCUACGGACAGACGGGGUCGGGCAAGACGUUCACCAUGUCUUCGGGUGACGGCAUGAUCCCGCGCGCGACGCACAUGAUCUACGAAACCAUCACGCAGCUCAAGGAAAAGUCGUGGACCUACACGAUGGAGGGCUCCUUCAUCGAGGUGUACAACGAAGAGCUGCAUGACCUCUUAACGCCGGUCAACUCGCGCGAGCCCGGCAAGAAGCUCGACAUCCGCCACGACGAGGCGCGCAAGCAGACAACCGUGGUCAACUGCAAGACCGUGCGGCUCGACUCGGCCGACAAGGUCGAGGCCAUGCUCGGCGAGGCGCAGAACAACCGCACGGUGGCGGCCACGCGCGCCAACGAGCGGUCGUCGCGCUCGCACAGCGUCUUUAUCCUCAAGCUCGUGGGCGAAAACUCGGCCACGGGCGAGCGCUGCGAGGGGACCCUCAACCUCGUCGACCUGGCGGGGUCCGAACGCCUCAAACACUCGCAGGUCGAGGGCGACCGCAUGAAGGAGACGCAGAACAUCAACAAGAGCCUCUCGUGCCUCGGCGACGUCAUCGAUGCGCUAGGGAGAGGGACGGCGCAUGUCCCCUACAGGAACUCGAAGUUGACGCAUUUGUUGCAGUAUUCGUUGGGGGGCAAUUCGAAGACGUUGAUGUUUGUCAUGGUCAGUCCGUUGGAAGCGCAUUUGAAGGAGACGUUGACGAGUUUGCGGUUUGCUGCGAAGGUACAUAAUACGCAUAUUGGCACCGCUAAAGCGACGAAGAAGAUCAAGGACCGGUCUGAUUAUUAG